AUGCGUUUCCAGGUGGUUGCUAAGUGGUUGCUAUGGCAUCCUGGGCAGCAAGAGCAGCAACGUGUGAACAACGGCCUCGGGGUUCACACCAGGACUCCCACACUAAUGUGGUCCAACUGUACUGAGACGUACUGCAGGGUGUCGGUCCACUGUGAUGUCACUGGUGGGUGUGGUCACAGUUUUCUGGAUGAAGCUCGCGCUCAGGAGGCGGCUGCUGACGGUGACGGUGAUGCGCUCCGGCGGGGGUUGACAUGGCAACAUAACGGGCAGGUUUUCAGCAUCCUGAGCCGCGGCGCUCAGUACCGGCCGUCCGGCAGGAGGCAAACCGGGUCACCGAGCCGCGGGAACCCCGUGGUCGUCGUCAACAGCGGUAAUGACACGGUGUCCGCCGCGUCCCGCAGCGCCCCGCGCGUCCCGGCAGCCAGCAGCACCGCGCAAUUACGCGCCAUGACGCGUCAGCGGCAGCAGCCGCAGCCGACGCCCGGCGGCGACGGUGACUCUGCCCCGGUGAGGCGGGAGGACAUGAUGGUCGGAGACGAUCCGUACAACCCGUACAAGUCCUCCAACUACUAUCCCUAUUAUAACCACUACAACUCCUACUACAGACCCAGAGCCAGGACUCAGCCCCGGCACGGGUACGGCACCAGCUACCACCAGAACGGUCUCCCUGAUCUGGUUCCUGACCCGUACUACAUCCAGAUCGCCACCUACGUCCAGAGGCUGCCCAUGUACAACCUGCGCUGUGCUGCAGAGGAGAACUGCCUCGCCUCUUCCUCUGCUUAUUCUCAGGAUUAUGACACCAGGGUUCUGUUGAGGUUCCCUCAGAGGGUGAAGAACCAGGGAACGGCCGACUUCCUGCCCAGCAAACCCCGAUACGCCUGGGAGUGGCACAGCUGUCACAAUCACUUCCACAGCAUGGACGAGUUCAGCCUGUACGAGCUGCUGGACGCCCGGACCCAGAGCCAGGUCGCCGAGGGUCACAAGGCCAGCUUCUGUCUGGAGGACACUUCCUGUGACCCGGGAUACUACCGCCGCUUCGCCUGCACCUCACACACUCAGGGUUUGAGUCCUGGUUGCUAUGACACCUACAACGCCGACAUUGACUGUCAGUGGAUCGACAUCACCGACGUCUCACCUGGAAAAUACAUCCUCAAGGUGACGGUGAACCCCAGGCAGCAGGUCCCAGAGUCCAACUUCAACAACAACGUAGUCCGCUGUGACGUCCAGUACACCGGCACCGCCGCGCACGUCUCCGGCUGCACCAUGACAUCCUACUGAGCCUGAGGAUGAACAGACGGGUGGAGACAGGUGGAGACGGGUGGAG